AUGGGGGCUUCUUUACUCCGUCUUCAUUUCCAUGACUGUUUCGUUAACGGCUGCGAUGCUUCCAUUCUUCUAGACUCGACGUCUGCUUUCACUAGCGAAAAGAAUGCAUUGCCCAAUGCCAACUCUGCUAGAGGAUUUGAAAUCAUUGAUAGAAUCAAGUACGAGGUUGAUAAGGUUUGCGGCUGUCCGGUAGUGUCUUGUGCUGACAUUUUGGCGGUUGCAGCACGUGAUUCCGUAGUUGCAUUAGGGGGACCAAGUUGGGAGGUUCAACUUGGGAGGAGAGACUCAACGACGGCUAGUGAAUCUAAAGCCAACGAUGACAUCCCUUCACCAUCCAUGGAUUUACCGGAACUUAUCAACUCAUUCAAGAAACAAGGCCUGAACGUGAAAGAUCUCGUAGCCCUUUCCGGUGGCCACACCCUAGGGUUGUCUCAAUGUGGUCUCUUUAAAGACCGUAUUUACAACGAAACCAACAUUGAUCCCAGCUUUGCUCGUCAACGUCGAGCUACUUGUCCCCCCAAUGGAGGUGACUCUAAUCUUGCUCCUCUAAAUCCCACCACUGCUUCUUUCGACACAAAAUACUUCAGCAAUUUGGUGUCAAAGAAAGGGCUCCUCCACUCUGAUCAAGCAUUAUACAAUGGAGGUCAAACCGAUUAUCUUGUUAAGACUUAUACUAAAAAUUUUGGUGCUUUUUCCAAAGAUUUUGCGUCUUCAAUGAUUAAAAUGGGCAAUAUAAAACCAUUGACGGGGAAGAGAGGACAGAUUCGAUUGGAUUGCAAGAAGGUGAAUUAAUUAAAAGCUCCUUAAAUGUUAUCUCAAUAUUCUUUGUUUAAGGUGUGGAAUUAAGUUUGGUUUCGGUCUGGUAAAGAAUAAACACGAUCUUUGUAUUUGUGUUGGGAUUUGAGGAGUUUAACUAAAUGUAAUUUAAAUAUAACUAGAAGUGUUUCUUGUAACCUUGUAUAUGUUUGGCGUUUGUCAAUUUUCUUAAUUUUGCUUUAAUCAAUUUGUAUCCUUGACUACUA